UACUCCUAGUGUUUCUUUUUAAAUGAUCAGAGUCUCUGCUUUUCUUGGCUCUUGGUUCUGAGUUUCUGACAGAAAAAAAAUUGAGAGAAUAAGUCUGCAACUUCCAAUUCUCAGGCAUAUGGAGUGUGGGACUUUCAGAGCUCAGCUACUGAUGUAAACAAGUGCAUAAUAAAAACAACAGAAUCCCACUUAACCAUUCACUUUCAGUUGAAUCUUUUGCUUACAAAACAAAACUUCCACCAGUUCCUCACCUGCUUUCAUUACAAAGAAAGAAGCUUUCUUGAAGCUUCAAACUACUGGGAAAAAAAACAAUGAGAUUCAACAAAGACAAGUUUUUCUUAACUUGGGUUGCUUUGUUCUUCUUCUGGGUUUCUGCAACUGCUUUGCUUUCACCAAAAGGUGUUAACUAUGAAGUGCAAGCUUUGAUGGGAAUUAAAGAGCUUCUAGUUGAUCCUCAUGGUGUUCUUGACAAUUGGGAUGAAGCUGCUGUUGAUCCAUGUAGCUGGAACAUGGUCACAUGCUCUCUUGAUGGUCUAGUCAUUGGCCUAGGAGCUCCGAGCCAGAAUUUGUCUGGUACUCUUGCACCAUCCAUUGGAAACUUGACAAAUCUGCAGCUAGUGCUCCUACAGAACAACAAUAUUUCAGGUCAUAUACCCUCAGAAAUAGGAAAGCUUCCCAAGCUUCAUACACUUGAUCUUUCUAACAACAACUUCUCUGGUCAAAUUCCUAGCACUCUGUCCCAUUUAGAAACACUCCAAUACCUGAGGCUAAAUAAUAACAGUAUCUCAGGAACUAUACCUUCCUCUUUGGCUAACAUGACCCAGCUCAGUUUCCUCGACUUGUCUUUCAAUAACCUGAGUGGUCCACUCCCAGGACUUCUUGCAAAAACAUUCAACAUUGUUGGGAACCCAUUGAUCUGUGCUGCUGGGGCUGAGCAAGACUGCUCAAGAACAAGGCCAAUGCCAAUGCCUUUUUCCUUAAAUAAUUCACAAAACUCGCAGCCCUCGGGUAGAGUCAAGGGACAUAAAAUUGCUUUAGCCUUUGGUUCCAGUAUAGGCUGCAUCUGCCUACUUGUUCUUGGUUUUGGUUUAGUUCUCUGGUGGAGGCAAAGAAACAAUAAGCAGAUAUUCUUCGAUGUUAGCGAACAACAUAGAGAGGAUAUUUGCUUCGGAAACUUGAAGAGGUUCCAUUUCAAGGAACUUCAGGUAGCUACUAACAACUUCAGCAGCAAGAACGUAGUCGGAAAAGGAGGAUUCGGGAAUGUAUAUAAAGGGUAUCUCCCAGACGGGACGGUAGUAGCUGUGAAAAGGCUUAAAGAUGGAAAUGCCAUUGGAGGUGAAAUCCAAUUUCAGACUGAAGUUGAGAUGAUAAGCUUAGCAGUUCACUGCAACCUCCUUCGGCUCUAUGGAUUUUGCAUGACCGCUACAGAAAGGCUUUUGGUUUACCCCUACAUGUCCAAUGGUAGUGUUGCUAGUCGACUCAAAGCCAAACCAGCCUUGGAUUGGGGGACGAGGAAAAGAAUAGCUUUAGGAACAGCUAGGGGCUUAUUGUACUUGCACGAGCAGUGUGACCCGAAGAUAAUUCAUAGGGAUGUUAAGGCUGCAAAUAUACUUCUUGAUGACUACUGUGAGGCUAUAGUUGGAGAUUUCGGAUUGGCAAAGUUGUUGGAUCACCGGGAUUCACAUGUGACGACGGCUGUGAGGGGCACAGUGGGGCAUAUAGCCCCGGAAUAUCUAUCGACCGGCCAGUCCUCCGAGAAAACAGAUGUUUUUGGGUUUGGUAUCCUUUUACUUGAGCUGAUAUCUGGAUUGAGGGCGCUCGAAUUUGGAAAGUCCGCAAACCAGAAAGGAGCCAUACUUGAUUGGGUAAGAAAAGUUCACCUAGAGAAGAAACUUGAGAUACUAGUUGACAAGGACCUGAGGAACAACUAUGAUAGGAUUGAGCUUGAAGAAAUGGUUCAAGUGGCUCUUUUAUGCACUCAAUACCUUCCGAGUCAAAGACCGAAGAUGUCGGAAGUGGUUCGGAUGCUUGAAGGCGAUGGACUUGCUGAGAAGUGGGAAGCUUCCCAAAAAGCAGAAGCAACCAGGUCAAGAGCCAAUGAAUUCUCCUCUUCGGAGAGAUACUCCGAUCUUACCGAUGACUCUUCCUUGCUGGUUCAAGCAAUGGAGCUCUCUGGACCAAGAUGACAAAUGGGAAGCAAGAAUCAUAAAUUGUUAAGAAGACACUUAAACAAAUCUAAUGAGACAUGACAUAAAUGUGUCUAAAUGUAGCGUGUUGUAUAGUGUUAUAAUACCGAUUGUACAAAUUUGGAUUAAAAAAUGACAAAUUUAGGCUGAGUUUUACAUUUUCUGCUGCUGGUUGAGUGAAGAAUUUUCCUGGAUAUGAUUUUACAGUGUGUUGCUUGUAAUAAAACUGUGAUUCAAAUGAAUUCUGGUUUGCUC